UAUUCGUAGGCAAAUACUGUCCGGAUGUGUUUGUCAGCGCGCCAGAGCGUUUGAAAGUGUGCCUGUAUUAUAGCAAGGUUUAUUUUUGAUGCAGUCCUUAAGCGUUGUAACCGCUUCAUACUGUGAACGAAAUUGAUUCUUCAAAAGUGGUUUUGUUUUGUUUCUGCAAUCUGCACUACCGGGGCAUAACGAAGCUAACGACAGCAUAGAAGGAAGGUGAAGUGGCAUACUGAUAGCAGCGUUGCCGUACACAAAACACGAGAGAGAGAAAGUUGUGGAAAGCUAGUGUUUUGGCUGUUAUUUUUUGGGAAAGUCUUGACCAACGGAGCGAAGUGUGCGGUACGCAGUGUGGUAAAAACUCGUGAAAAACUCAAGACCGCUAACCGGAGCGUACCGGAGCAGCAAAAGCAGACAGGGCAGACGCAACUUGACUCGCACUUGCAAUGGCCGACGAGUACUAUGGGCAGAACAAUUCGAACAGUGAUGACUCAGAGGUAGAACUGAACCUGAGCAGUCCGGAGUUGAAGGGUUAUCUGAGCAAGUGGACAAAUUACAUACACGGUUGGCAGCCACGCUUCAUUGUGCUGAAGGAUGGCACAUUGUCGUACUACAAAAGCGAACAGGACAGCGAUUUUGGAUGCCGGGGUGCGAUCAGCCUACAGAAGGCAACGAUCAAGUCUCACGAAUUUGAUGAAUGCCGGUUCGAUGUGGCGAUUGGACAGAACGUGUGGUAUCUGCGUGCCGAAACACAGGAAGAUAAAGGCAAUUGGAUCGAGGUACUGCAAUCGUACAAAACGGACAUCCCGGAAACGAUUAGCUUAAGGCGUCACGGGAGCACAAUUUCGUUACAAUCCAACACGCUGUCCACGGCAAGUGGUAGCAGCCUAAAGCGGGUUAGUCGAGGCCUAAGAGAAAAGCUGCACGAAAUAGAAACCUUUCGCGAUAUUCUUUACGGACAGAUCGACACACUGCAGCGGUACUUUGACGCCCUCCACGCCAAAAACGAAGACCAGCCGCCGCUCGAUUUGGGUGAUGGUUUGAAGCCGAUAGAUUUCCGCGGCGAAGCGAUAACGUUCCGCGAAACGACGGCCGGUGUGAUCAUCACACUGCAGCACUGCCUCGAUAUUAUCUCACAGAAAGAGGAAAGCUUCAAGAAAAAGCUCGACAAGGAACAGGAACGGCGGAGAAAGGCGGAAGAAUUGUACCGAGCUUGUAGAGAUGAGCUAUCGAAGAAUAGAAAUUCUGUAAUUCCUGGACCAGACCUAGAGGAAGGACCGCAUUCAACUAUCCCCGAGGAUGAAUUCUUCGACGCGGUCGAAACUGGGCUGGACAAGAUCGAGGAAGAUCGUCAACUGCGUGUGCGGCUGAAGUAUCAAUCGCAACAGUCGCAGAUAAGCAACGUGAGUUCGUUGCACAGCCCGAACGCAGAAGCGGAGGAUGAGAUACCGCAGCUGUCGGAGGAUUUCGGUACCGGUGCACAAGCGAAGAGCCACAACCUUUGGCCAGAAAUUGAUCGGAUCUGCACCGAGCAACUGACGCAAGCGCGGCAAGGUGUCGGUGAGGAUGGCAACGGUUGGCAGCUGUUUGCCGACGAGGGCGAGAUGAAGAUGUACCGGCGCGAGGAGGAGGUGGACGGUAUGGUGAUCGAUCCGCUAAAAUCCUGCCACGUGGUAAAGGGUGUUACUGCCCGGGAAAUGUGCCAUUACUUCUUCGAUCCGGCGUACCGGAACGAUUGGGAAACGACACUGGAGGAUGUGCAGAUCGUUGAUAACGUUGCACCCGACACGCUCGUCUUUCUGCAGACGUACAAACGCAUCUGGCCCGCCAGCCAGCGGGAUGCACUGUUUUGGUCGCAUAUGCGCCGCAUCACCGAUAACGUGGACACCGGUGCGAACGAUGUGUGGAUCGUGUGCAAUCAUUCCAAUCAGAACGAAGAGUAUCCGCCCGCAAACCAAGGCAAAUGUGUACGAAUCUAUCUAACGGUGAUAUUAGUUUGCCAAACCUACCUGCCACCGGGCAAGGACAGCACAACGGCAACGCGAGAUGAUCUGACCUGCAAAAUUACCUACUGUUCCACUGUUAAUCCUGGCGGCUGGGCCCCAGCGACCGUGCUGCGCGCUAUCUAUAAGAAAGAAUAUCCAAAGUUCCUUAAGCGUUUCACCGGAUAUGUUGUUGACCAAUGUAAAGCAAAACCGAUCAUGUAUUAGAAUCUUGAGCAGGAUAGGCUUGGUUGGUUUAUUAUGUUUAUAUAUAUUUUUUGUUAGAAUUUAAGAGAUCUAGAUGUUGUUAUAUAUGUAUGUGUACUUAUGUACACAAAAAAAACACACGCAUGCAUUAUAAUUCUUAUUUCCUUCGUGCUCGUGUGCUGCGUUAAGGGUACCGGUACAGCUUUACGAGAAGUUUAAGCGGAAAGAGUAAAACUAUUUAAGCAACCGCAGGGGAACAGUGCGUAACUUUUAACCCGAAAUAAUUUCGGAUGUAAUCUGUUGUAGCCAGGACGGUCUGCGCGGUUGAGCAGGGCAAACGAUUGAUUUCCCGCAUCCGACUGGAAUCUGGUCGAAACUGUCGAACAUAUCUUGAACGCAUUGUGUGAGGGUGAUAGGUGUCGUGUAGCUUGUAAAACAUGACAAGAUGGAUUUUCCAUUAGUGUGCUGUACAGGUGGAAGUUACUACUACUGCUGUGGGAAUGGUUGUGAAGGGAACCGGAGCAAUGGUACUGCCUGCAUACACUUGUUUUCCAGAGUAACACAAAGAUUCUCACAAUAGCGUUCGGUUUUAUUGUGCCUGCUCCACGUUUGCAGCAGAGACAGAUAGGACAAAAGCAAAGAAACAAUAGCAAGCAAGCAAACAAACAAACAGACGAACGAUAAAAACCGUAUAUCGCGGAGUUUUGAUACUUAGUGAAACAUUUCAGCUUGAACGUUGAAAUAUUUCACAACUUCAUCGCAGUACGUUACAAAGCGCGAAAGAGGCAGGGAAACGACCGCAAAGGGAAACCUCGCUGCCUUCGCGCUACAUCAGUCCCUUCCAGUGAAUUACGGGUGUGUAUUUGAUUUUUUUUUGUUUUGAGGAAGGAAAAGGAGACUUUUCGGAAGAUCUGGUUCACAGUGGAGCGUACAUAAGUGGCGUGUUAUUAGCGUUAACGUUUGAGCUAUCGGUGCAACCUUUCUAUUUCUUCUAAUACAUCUUUUCUUUUCCCCUUCCUGUUACUGACCGUUAGAAGUGAAGAAGCAAACCUGUGAGCAUUGUUAGAUAAUGUGCAAUGGAAAAGAAAAAUAUAUAUUGAAAAAUUUAACUAACACAUGA